AUGCGAGUGCGUCGCGAGGACGGCGUCGACUGUUUGCUCCGAGGCCAUCGGCAGGCCAUCAGCCACCUUCCCGGGGACGCUGCCUCCAAGUCGAGUGUCACUUCACUGUGCUGCACGUGGCUCAACGGGCGUGGCAAGGAGCAAGUGCACGGGAAACUGAAAUUCGCUGGACGUCCACCGUCGCCAGAGUGUCGUUUUCAUCGCUCUGUCUGUCUCACUCGCACCCAUAGAGGACGUCCCACGAGUGCGAGAGAGGACACGGCUCUCGAAAUCAGUCCACAGGCCGCAGGAUUCCGCCGGGCAUUUUUGACGUCCACCUGUCGAAACAAUGGGAGUGAGCUGGCCCGCCAGCAUCUGAUGCAGCAGCAGCUGCUCGCCCAAAGGCACUACCUCUUGCAGUACGGGUCGCAGCUUGCGGAGCAGCAUCCAGUUCCCCUGAUGUGCCGCACGGACGAGUCGAACGGCGGCCCCGCGGUGGGCGGCGCGCCCCCUCUGGGGCUGGCCAUGCCCCCCAUGGUGCCCGGGGGGCCCGGCCUGGCGUCCGGCCUGGCGCCGCUGGCCGACGAGCUGGACAAGAUGCACCCCCUGUACUCGCACGGCGUGUGCCGGUGGCCCGGCUGCGAGGUCGUCUGCGACCACUUCCAGGCCUUCGUCAAGCACCUGGCGCUGGAGCACGCCCUGGACGACCGGUCGACGGCGCAGGCGCGCGUGCAGAUGCAGGUGGUGUCGCAGCUCGAGCUGCAGCUGCUGCGGGAGCGCGACCGCCUGCAGGCCAUGAUGCUGCACCUGCACCUGUCCAAGCAGCAGGCCUACCACGACCACCUGCAGGCGCAGCUCAACAACAACAACAACAACAGCAGCAGCAACAACAACAACCACCACAGCAACGGGUCCGGGUCGCCGGGCCAGGGCUCGCCCAAGCAGGAGCCGGCCUCGGGCCCCCACGGCCCCCACGGCCCCCACGGCCCGCCCGCCCCCAACUCCGGGCCGCUGCGCCGCCGCCUCUCGGACAAGUGCGCGCUCUCUCUGAGCGGAGGUCUGCCCUACAUGCUGGAGAGAGCGGGCCUGGACGUGCAGCAAGAGAUCCAGCGGAACCGGGAGUUCUACAAGAACGCGGACGUUCGCCCGCCCUUCACCUACGCGUCGCUCAUCCGACAGGCCAUCAUCGAGUCGCCGGACAAGCAGCUGACGCUGAACGAGAUCUACAACUGGUUCCAGAACACCUUCUGCUACUUCCGGCGCAACGCAGCCACCUGGAAGAACGCGAUCCGAACGAACUUGUCGCUGCACAAGUGUUUCGUGCGCUAUGAGGACGACUUUGGGUCGUUUUGGAUGGUGGACGACGCGGAGUUCGUCAAGCGGCGACACCUGUCCCGGGGAAGGCCGCGGAAUGGUCAGCCCGCCAAGAGCCCCACCAUGGCCGUGAGCCCCAACAUGCACGCCGAGGACUACGACAGUCACAUUCAGGCGUUUCUGUUUCAGCAGCAAAUGCAGAACGACGACUACGCUGAGGGCGGCGUCGACGACAGCCACCUGCAGUACAUGGCCUGCCUCAUGAGCGCGUCGCCGAACGGCAGCAUAGGCAGGGACAAGGACUCGCCCCUGUCGGGGUACAGAUCGCCCAUGCCCGAGGGCCCGUCCGUGAAGCAGGAGAUCCAGAGCCUGGGCGGCAGCCUGAGCGCGGGGCCGCCCAGCCCGGUGUCGCCCGGGGGCUCCCCCAUGGCCAGCAUGGGCCCCGGCGGGUCGCCCCUGGGGUCGCCGCUGGGGAAGCGCGGCCUGGACCGCGUCCUGGACUCGCCCAACCAGCCCAUCCCGCUGACGAAGCUCCGCCACGACGACCCGGAGGACCUGUCCAUGAGGGACAACACCGUCAUGAUGGAGGCGUAACGCGUUCGGGCUUUUCAACUGCAUUCCGGAGGGAGUGGCAUUCCUUUUUUGCGCACGUCCUGUGUUCCUAGGUGAACCGCCCUAGCGAGCCGUCGAGGGACUCGGACGGGCUCGGCCAGGGCGCGGGGCGGACCUUACGAUUUCUUCUAUUACACGUCAUUAACCAUUUUAUCAUUGCUCUGUGAGUGUAUGGUUGUAUGGCAGAGGACCGAGGCAUGCUUGAUUCACACGGCAAAUGUUUCCAUUAUGCCCCUGUAUUCUAGUCGGUUUCGUAUGAAACGUUUUUAAGUUUUGAUUUUUUGAGAGGGGCAAGAAAAGCAUAUCACCCGCAAAGAUAAUAUGAAUCACAAAGGGGAACCUCACUUCAGUUUUGCCUCAUCAUUAGGAAAAUCUUAGUCUCGUGGAAACAACAGAGUGCCUACAAAUACAAUUAGAGCACGUAUACGUACAAUUUAUGUAAAAUUUUAUCUGUAGAAUUUUUAUAUGUAUAUAUGUAAUUAUUCCACCUGGCCUUCGUUAUUGGCCUAUUACAGAGAAUGUUUGAAGAGGUCGUAAUACUCCAAUAAACGGGCUUAAAUUGUUAGUAAUUCAAUAACUCGUUUAAAUAUGUCAUUUUCGUUUUUUGUUUUAUUUUUAAUACGUGUUACGUUGCAUAUACUCCGAUUAGGAAUUGUUAUUCUUCUUGUUGAUCAUUUAUUCAGAUAAAAUGUAAUCUCAGAAAACUUACAAGUUGUGUGAUAGUCUUGUUAGAGAUGGCUCCGUUUUGUAGAAAUGGUCCUGCAUGUCUUUGCUGCCUUGUCGGGUAGCGAUCCUGCUUGUAGUCGACCGAGUGUGUGUGCGUGAGUGAGUGCGUGUGUGUGAGAGAGUGAGGAGUGUGCCCCGUGUACACGCCAACCCCGUCACUGGUGCAUGUCUGGCGAAAUUUAAGGUAGAAUCGAUUGUUUUUUGUCCAUAUCAUUAGAAAUCGCUUGCCCGACCAGUCGUUGGUGAGUUUCCCCCGGAAUACGCGUACGGCGAGAUUCUUAUUGUUUUAAUGUGAUUGCAACGAAAUCCCAGUGUCAGUUCUGUUGAAAUGUGCGUGCAGAGCCGGGUCACAUUUACAUUCCAUGAAAUCAUACUGUAGAAUGGGGACUGAAUUAAAAUGUUGGGACAUCAUCCAUAUCUUGUUGCCAGUAGGUAAGGAAAUAUUAUUAAGUCAAUGUGUAAACAAUUUACCUUGUUUGCUAACUUUGUUGAUUUCGAAUAUUAUUUAUUUGUAAUAUUUAUGUUGUCUAGGAGCAGGAACUCUGUGAUUUAGGAUUUUGAAUGCGUUACACUUAAUAGCUGAAUAAGAUUCCAAAGUGUGCAAGUAAGAAUGGAAUGAGUGCGAGGAAGGCGAACGGGUAGUGUUAUGGCUUGUUCAUUUGCUGCUGUGCCGUUGCUAAAAGAGAAAAAAAACUUCUUGUGAUUUUGUAUUUCUAAGAAUGUACAUACAGUCAUUUACAGAUUAUGAAAACGCAUUAAACUUUCACUGUAUGUGACUGAUAAAGUGAUAAGCUAUUGACAUGUGCGAUCAGCAUGUGCAUUGUAAAAUAUUCGUAUUCUUCUCCGGCGCCGCAUCAUACUACUCUUUGUGCCAUUGCCACCAUCACAAUAAACCUUUAGUCAGAA